AUGCUCAGUGUGUUAGUGCUGUCACUAUGGGAGGAGCCAGGCUGUGAGGCGAUGACCCUGAACUCCGUCCUCCUUCGUCAGGUGUCAGGAAGAGGAUGUGAUAUAGGACAAAGACGAGGAAAAGGAGCAGCAGGAGGUGUCCACUGCUACCAGAGGAGGAGGAGGAGCUGGGUGUGGAACCAGUUCUUCGUCCUGGAGGAGUACACCGGAGAUGAGCCGCUGUAUGUUGGGAAGAUCCACUCCGACAUGGAUAAAGGUGACGGCCAGGUGAGGUACGUCCUGAAUGGUGAAGGAGCGAUGUCAAUCUUCACCAUCGAUGAGAACACAGGAGACAUUCAUGCCACCAAGAGGCUGGACCGGGAACAGCAGGCAUACUACACCCUGAGAGCGCAAGCUCGAGACCAAAAUACCAACCUGCCUGUCGAACCUGAGUCCCAGUUUGUCAUCAAAGUCCAGGACAUCAAUGACAAUGAGCCCAGGUUCUUGGACGGACCAUACACCGCCAGAGUGGCUGAGAGGUCUCCAGUAGGUACGUCGGUGGUGACGGUGAUGGCAACAGAUGCUGAUGAUCCCACUUAUGGAAACUCUGCCAGACUGGUUUACAGCAUCCAGCAGGGUCAGCCAUACUUCUCUGUGGAGCCAAAGACCGGUGUAGUGCGGACGGCUCUACCUGACAUGGACCGGGAGAUGCGGGACCGUUACCUGCUGGUCAUCCAGGCCAAAGACAUGAAAGGUCAGAUGGGCGGUCUGUCAGGAACCACUUCGGUCACGGUGAUGCUGACCGACGUCAACGACAACCCGCCUCGCUUCCCCCGCAAGAGCUACCAGUUCAGGGUUCCAGAGUCGGUUCUGGUUUCAACAGUGGUCGCAAAGAUCAAAGCUCUGGAUCUGGAUGUUGGUCCAAAUGCUGAGAUGGACUACAGGAUCCUGGAUGGAGAUGGACUGGGAACGUUCAGGAUCAUCUCUGAUCCAAACACACAAGAAGGACUGGUCACACUGCACAAGACUCUGGAUUUUGAAACCAAGUCAAGCUUCACGCUGUGCAUCGAGGCGUCCAAUCGUUACGUGGACACUCGUUUCCUGUCCAUGAGUCCGUUCAGUGACGUGGUGACAAUCCGACUGCUUGUUGAGAAUAUGGACGAGCCUCCAGUCUUCUCUUCUGUCGGUUCGAUGCUGAUCUCAGAGGCAGCUGCAGUGGGAACUGAUGUGGGAUCAGUUUCAGCUCACGACCCCGACACCACAAGCAGCCCUGUCACGUACUCUAUAGACAGGAAGUCAGAUGUGGACCGUUACUUUAAUAUUGACAGAAGUUCAGGUGUCAUCACAACAGCCAGACCUCUGGACAGAGAGAUCAUCGCUGUGCACAACAUCACCAUCCACGCCACAGAGAGCUUGGAUCAGUCUCAGGUGGGGAAAACUACGGUUCUAGUCUCUGUGACAGACGUUAAUGACAACGCUCCAAGCUUCGCCGUCGAGUAUGAAACAUUCGUCUGUGAGAAUGCCGAACCUGGGCAGAUCAUUGAGACCCUGAGCGCUGUGGAUCGUGAUGAACCAGAGAACGGACAUCACUUCCUGUUCUCUCUGACCACCAAGACUGCUGGGAACCUCAAAUUCACCCUGAGAGACAAUAAAGACAACACGGCGUCCGUUCUUACUCAGUCUGGUUUCCUGCAGCGAGAUCAGCCGGUCCACUUCCUGCCCGUCGUGAUUUCAGACAGCGGCCGUCCGUCUCUGAGCGGAACCAACACGCUGUCCAUCACCGUCUGCGACUGCGACGCUGACGGAAACCGACGCUCCUGCAGCCAAAAGACUUCACCGCUACUGAUCGGACUCAGUGCUGCUGCCGCCACCACCCUCACCUGUGUCCUCUCACUGCUGGGUGUUGUCAUGGUGACGGUUGCCCUGAGACACAGGAGGAGGGAGCCCAUGAUGGACGAUGAGCGAGACAUUCGUGAGAACAUCGUUCGUUAUGAUGAUGAAGGAGGAGGUGAGGAGGACACCAAGGCCUUCGACAUGUUCGCUCUGAGACACCUUAACGAAACAAAACAAACGUGCCAAGACCCUGGCAUCCACCCGCCGGGACUUCUCACCAAAACACUGGAGUAUGAGAUGGAUAAGAACCGGCUGUUCCAGGACUUCAUCAGGGACAGACUGCAGAAGGCAGACCUUGACCUGACGGCGCCCCCCUACGAUUCUCUGCAGACCUAUGCCUUCGAGGGCAGCGGGUCGGCCUCCGAGGUACUCAGCCCAUUAAACUCGUUAAACUUGUUUAACUCAUGGAGCUCAUUAGAUUCGUUAGAUUCCUUAGAUUCAUUAGAGUCCGAGCAGAACUACGACUUCUUGAAAGAGUGGGGGCCGAGGUUCAGGAAGCUAGCAGACCUUUAUGUACACAAUGAGGAAGGCGAGUUUGCCUCAUAG